AUGUCCUCCGUUCCAUCCACGAACGAAAUACCUGAGACUCGGUGUAACGUCUGCGAUGCAGCCACGAACAUGCGCUGCUCCCGCUGCUCAUCGGUUCACUAUUGCAGCAGGGAGCAUUCAGUGCAGGACUGGAAGAAGCAUAAGCCCAAUUGUGUGACUCCUCGGGUCGCCUCGAAGGCCAAGACAUCGUCCAGCAAGCCAUCGUUCACCGCGACGCCGUCUCAGCCCUCAAAGGGUUCCUUUCAGGCUAUAAUGUUGGCCGCGAACGAAGACACGCCGCGCAUGAUUACUAUGGAGUAUAAGUGGACCGACGAUUUCGACGGUCGCAAUCGUCCUAUCAAAGUCCAAACUCUCCAACAAAGACACCAUUUCGCCAAGUUCGCACAUCCGAAGGAGUAUUUCGUCAAGAACGUGGGGAUCAAAGGAGCCAAACUUCCAAGCGAUAGAUGCCUAGUCAUCCUCUACAACGACCUGAUCCUCAGCGACGGUGACACGCCCGUCAACCGGUGCGUCAAGAGUCUGACCAACGGCAAGGCGCCGCACGCGUGGGCGGACAACCUCAUUGUGCUCCGCCAGCGGCCGAUGGACCGGUAUUGGUACUACGCAAGUGCGAAUCUCGAGGAGGAUAUCGGCGUACUCCGACGUUUCUUUGAGGAAUACUGGGCUUAA